AUGUUUUAUGAAAAUUUAAAGACUAAGAAAAUUCUUAUUUGCGGUGGUGCUGGCUAUAUUGGCUCUCAUCUUGUUCGAGAACUUUCGACUCAAUCGGCUUACGAAAUUAUUAUCUUUGACAAUCUUUCUAAAGGUCAUAUAAAAUCAAUUCCCAAUGGAAUCAAAUUCGAAAAUGCCGAUGUUCGUGACAAGAGAGCUCUUGAUCGACUAUUUUCUAAGUAUAAACCGGAUGCUGUAAUGAACUUUUGCGGUUCAAUUUCUUUAAGAGAAAGUGUAGUUGAUCCUUUAGAAUAUUACGAGAAUAAUGUAGUGGGAACAAUUUAUUUGCUUCAAGCAAUGAAAAAACACAAUGUCAAAUACUUUAUUUUUUCAUCUAGCGCUGCAAUUUUUGGAAAUGCAAAAGAAAUGCCAAUUACAGAUGAUGCUCGACCGGAACCAAUCAGUCCUUAUGCUGAUACUAAAUUUAUUAUCGAAAAGAUACUUGCUUGGUCAGAAAAUGCAUAUGGGUUGAAAUAUGUUUGUUUAAGAUACUUUAACGCAUGUGGUGCUCACGAAAGUGGUGAUAUUGGUGAAGAUCAUGAUCCCGAAACUCAUUUAAUACCGCUUACCCUUCAAGUGGCUCUUGGUCAAAGAGAUAGUAUUAGUGUUUUUGGUGAUGAUUAUGAUACUAAAGAUGGAACUUGUGUGCGAGAUUAUAUACAUGUUACUGAUCUUGCUACCGCACAUAUCAGAGCGCUCGAGUAUCUCAUAAGAGAAAACAAAUCACAAUUAUUUAAUUUAGGGUCUGGAGAAGGAUAUACGGUUAGAGAAGUAAUCAAUGCUGCUAGAAAUGUCACCGGUCACUCAAUUCCAGAUAUAGUGGAAGCUCGUAGGAUUGGUGACCCUGCGAUAUUAAUUGCUGAAUCUACGCGUGCAGAACUAAUUCUUGGAUGGAAAAGGAAAUAUAAUACAAUAGAAAGUAUUGUUGCUAGUGCAUGGAUGUAUCAUAAAACUCAUACAAAUGGAUUUAAAGAUAUUUAG